AGCGGGUCCUGGUGGGAAAAUUGUAUCUCCUAAGAGGAAGUGUGCGUUUUGUUCCGUCAAAGCAUGGCUCUCAACUAUCAGACGUCCACCCUUUCUUUGACUUUGCCGAUUUCCUGCCAGAUAUGUCUCGGAAAGGUCAGGCAGCCGGUCAUUUGUGCCAACCACCACGUGUUCUGUUCAUCCUGCAUGGAAAUGUGGUUAAAGAAAGCAAGCCAAUGUCCCACCUGCAGAGUCCCCAUCACAGCAGAGAACCCCUGCAGGGAAAUCAUCGGAGGCACAAAUGAGAGUGAUCACAGCGAUCGCCCUUCCAUGAGGAAAUGUCUCAGAAAAACCAGAGGGGAACUGCUCUUACGGGAGUAUGAGGAGGAAAUUGAAGGGCUCAUCAGAGAAAAUGAAGAUCUGAAAACGAAAAAUCAAAUUCUGGAGUCACAACUGAAGACUGCUUUGGAUCCCUGCAGCAUUAAUGCAGUGCAGACGGAUGACAAAAGAGUGGACCCCCAUGUCCUGGAAGAAUGGACAAACAAGCUGCGAGCUGCCACAGAUGUUUGCGAGAAAGUAAAGCAGGACAAGGACAAGCUUAAGGAGGCAAAUAAGGCAUUACGAUCUCAAAAUGUCGACCUCGUGCAAGAGAAUAUGAGACUGAAAGCAGAGGUGGCGAGCAGAUCUCCUCAGAAGUUUGGCCGCUACACAGUGGCAGCACUGGAAGCUAAAAUCCAGCAGUACGAGCGGGAAGUGGACCACUUGAAGAGGGCUCUGGAGCGCAGUGACCAGUACAUUGAAGACCUGGAGUCUCGGGUCAGGAAGCCUGAGAAGACGCAUCUUGAAGUGCAGGAGGCGUGUGGGAGUAGCAAGGCCGAGUCAGAUGCUUUGACACAGCAACAGAAAAUCAACAUGAUGAUGCGAAGCUUGAGUGACAACGAGAGGGGGUCAAUCUGCAGCAAUCCAGAGGCGGCAUGCCGAACAAUUUCUAGAAAUCACAGUUUGUUGUUCAUGCCAUCUGCAGAUCGCAAAGAGUUGAAUAAGAAUCUGACAGAAGACCAAAAAAAUGAUGACUUGGAAAGCUCCUCUGACUUUUUGCCCACCACGCCGUCCUCUGCCUUCCGGUCCCUGACUCUGAGAAGCCCUGGCAUCCGGGAAAAGAAAGUUGCGUUUAAAUCUGUGUCUUAUCUGAGGAGGCUUGAUUUUGAAGAAUGUCCUAGUCCUGGCAAGAGUAGCAGCGCCAUGGAGAACCAAUUCAGCAGCCUUGACAAGUUCCCCAAAGGCUUGCCUUCAAAUACUGACACGGAAACCUCAAAGUCUGUCUUCUGGGGUGGUUGGCAGAGAUCUGAAUCUAAUGAGCCAGUACUAAGUAAGGAAAUCUCACACAAAGGAGCCACAUCGACUGAUCUUGUAGGUGAAAAACCUGAUAGUUUCCAGAUGUCCAGCGAGGCCUCCAUGGAUGCAGCCUACCUGGACAAAAUCUCAGAGCUGGACUCCAUGAUGCUGGAUGGAGAGAGUUGCAGUAGCCGGGACUCACAGCUCUCCCUGGCUUCCUCCCCUCCCACAGAACUGGACAGAACUCUCAUCCCAGAACCACAAACCUGCCCCGGUGUCUUGUCAAGCCACGUCGGCAAACCCGUGAUAAAGUGUGACCAGAAGAACCUCCCGCCAUGUGACAACUUGGAUGACCCCUUGAAUGAAAAAGAGGCUCCAAAAGGCCCUGCAGAAGAAAGUUUUGCUGCACUGAGGUCAGGCAGGGAGAGCGGCGCCCAUGUCCCCGGCUCUGCAGGGCAGAGAGGGCCCUCACAGACUGACGAACUGUCUUUUGAUUUGCUGUUUGAUUCACUGGAAGAGAAUAAGGCCGGUCCCUCUGGCUCUCUCAGCCCAACAAGCCAAGACACUGAUGAUGUAAACCCUUCCUCUUCCUCCUCCUCCAGCUGCGUUGGCAAACCUGUGAACACAACAAGAGAGAAACACGCACUGAACAUCAGCCAGCCAACAAAGAGGAAGUCUCACAGUCCUUUUAACACAAGCAGCCCCACAAAACUCUCAAAGCUCAUGUGAAGGUUUUAAAAACUGAACCUGUGUGUUCUCGCUGUACCACGAAGUGUAGUGUGUUUUCUUCAGACUUCACAGUCUCGCAUGGCUGGAAACACUAACUCCAUGUUGCUUCAGAAUAAAUUUGUGAAUGUGAUGCUCUGGUGUAACUUAUUGUCUGUUAUUGUCAUUUGCCUGUUGUGAUUGUAUAAAUUAAGACAAAAUGUGAGGUUUGUCAGGUAGCUUUUUGCGUAUGUUAACUUGUAGGCCAGUCUUUGCAGUCUGUCUUGUGAUCAGACACUUCUGUGCUGUUUUUUGUCUUGCUUUUCUGUAGUGCAUCACUUUAGGUGCUGAGACAUUUUUCAAACAUGCUUUUAGCCAACUCAUACGUGCUUGUCAUUUCAGUUAAGCCCUCAUGGUAAUCAUAAUGAUGACGCCAAUGCAGAAGACAGAUAAACCUGACUAUCAAGGAAAACACUGAUAUUU